UUGUGUUCAAAUUUUAGUUCAAUUGUUUUCCUUCAUUGAUUAAUUGCUGAUUAACCUUGUUAAUCUUAUUUCUAGUUAAUUGUUCUCUGUUUCUGUUUAAGGAUGAAUGAACCUGUUUUUAUCAGUCAUUAUGAUAAGAAGUUGAUCGAUAUCAAUGAUCUUCCUGUUGGUAAUCCGGUUGUUAUUAAUACUAUUCAAUUACUCCGAUUGUUAACCAAAUUGGAUCAAGCCGGUUCCUCAUCUUCAUCUUCAUCUUCUGAUUUUCUUAUUUCCUCUGAUGAUCUUCAAUGUUUAGAACUUAAACAAGCUUCUUCUAGUGAUGAUUAUGAUCACCUAUCACGAUUCUUAAGUCAAGAAUCUGUCCAACAAUUGUUGAAACGAUCUAUCAUUCUGAUUACUACUCAUGCUGGAUUCCAUGAGACCAGUGAAAGUAUCAUUGAGAUAUUAACCCAAAUCACUGGUGAUUAUCUUAAGAAACUGACACAUCUAUUAAGAUCUUCAGAUGAUUCCAAACACUUUAGAGGUCCAAAUGAUUUCAUUGAUUUACUUAAUCGCGCCUUCGCUGAGAUUGGAUUGGAUUUACCAACUAUUCAACAUUACGAAUCAACUUUAAGAUCUUAUCGUAAUACUGUUCACAAAGAAGUAGUUAAAAAGUUAAACAUAAUUCAACAAAAUAAUUCUGCAAAAUUUAAUUGAGUCAUGUAAAUCUCCUUUUUUUACAAACAUAUUUAUAUAUCUGUAAUUGCACAUAAGUAGUAGCAUGUAGAUGAAUGGAUUCCAUCAGGUC